AUGGAGCUGUAUAAUACCACAGUGACAGAGUUCAUCAUGUUGGGGUUCACCACAGAUCCUGUGAAGCAGCGAGUCCUGUUUGUGGUGUUCCUCCUGGUGUACACAUUAACAAUGGCAGGAAAUUUCACCCUCAUCGUGCUGAUAUGCAAUGACCCCAGGCUCCACACACCCAUGUAUUUCUUCAUUGGAAAUCUCUCCUUUCUGGAUCUUGGGCUGUCUUCUGUCUACACACCAGAAAUCCUGAUCACCUGUGUCUCUGAGGACAAGAGCAUCUCCUUUGGUGGCUGUGUGGCUCAGUUCUUCUUCUCUGCUGCACUAGACUACACUGAGUGUUACCUGCUGGCAGCCAUGGCUUAUGACAGGUAUGUGGCCAUCUCAAAGCCCCUGCUGUAUUCUCAGGCCAUGCCUCUAAAGCUAUGUGUAUUCUUUGUAGCAGCCUCAUACCUUGGCGGCUUUAUUAACUCUGUCAUCAUCACCAAAGACACAUUUUCCUUGCACUUCUGUAGUGACAAUGUAAUUGAUGACUUCUUCUGUGACAUCCCACCCUUGGUGAAGCUGGCUUGUGGCAAGAAAGAUAGCUACCAAGCUGUCCUGUUCUUCCUCCUGCUGUCCAAUGUCAUAGCCCCCAUUGUGUUCAUCCUGGCCUCCUACCUGUUCAUCAUCGCCACCAUCCUGAGGAUGCGCUCCACCCAGGGCCGCCUCAAGGCCUUCUCCACCUGCUCCUCCCACCUGACCUCUGUGACCUUGUACUAUGGCUCCAUUCUCUACAUCUAUGCUCGCCCUCGAUCUAGUUAUUCUUUGGACAGGGACAAAAUUGUUUCUACAUUUUACACUGUGGUGUUUCCCAUGCUGAAUCCUGUGAUAUACAGUCUAAGGAAUAAAGAUGUGAAAGAGGCUUUGAAUAAACUUUUUAAAUAA